AUGGCGCAAAGCACGCCAGAACCACCUCAGAUGACUUUAAUCUAUCACAUGGAAGCGCUCCUGGGAGAAAGAUUCUCGCUCGGUUCUAUCCCAACCGGGCAAGAACGCAUCGUCAUCCCUAUUGUUGGAGGAACGUUCAAAGGGCCGAAAAUAUCUGGCAAAGUACUCAAUCUGGGCGCGGACUGGCGCCUGACGGACGCGCAGGGUGCUUUCCGACCAGACGCCCGAUACAAUAUCCAGACUGAUGACGGAACCUUUAUAUAUGUUCAAACGAUAGGACUCCCACCUGCUGCGGAUGGUGCCCCCACGAUGUUGCGAGGACAAUUCGAGACCGAUACAAACGGAACUGCUGCGUGGUUGAACGACGUGGCUGCUGUAGGCGUCCUUAGAAGGAACGGAACGUCGAGUGUGAUAAUCGACAUGUGGCAGGCAUCUCCACCUGCAUAG